CACCGGCAGCUUGGGGGAGAGUGGAUUGAUUGCUGUAGUGUGUGUGUGGUAGUGUAGUAAUGUGGGUCUGGUUGACAGCUUGAGAGAAUUUGUUCUCCUGUUUGCAUAUGUGUUCUUCCUGGUGUCGAGCAAGGCUCCCCACGUGACACUGGCAUAAGUCCCAGACCAGCAGAAGACUACCAAGUGACCACCACCAAGUGAAGGAAGAGACUUAGCCUGCCCCCAAUACCAGUGUAUCUGUCUUCACCUCCAAAACUGUGAAGGAAACUCAAGGAGACCCAUUAGAAUCUGUAGGCGUGCCUAAACCAAGAAAGAAAUUUUGCAGCAGCUAACCUUAAACAUGUCAACUGAAAAGAUGAAUAAAACCCCGCAUAGCAAUUCUGCUCCAGAACUGCCUGAACCACUCAGGGAUCUGAAAAUUAAGUAUACUAAGAUAUUUAUAAAUAAUGAGUGGCAUGAUUCAGCUAAUGGCAAAAAAAUUGAAGUCUAUAACCCUGCAACUGGAGAGAAAAUCUGUGAGGUUGAAGAAGGAGACAAGGAGGACAUUGACAAAGCUGUUAAAGCAGCCAGAACAGCUUUUCAGCUUGGGUCUCCAUGGCGCACAAUGGAUGCUUCAGAACGAGGAAGGCUUUUGAAUAAACUGGCUGACUUAAUUGAAAGAGAUCGUCUACUCUUAGCUACCAUGGAAUCCAUUGAUGGUGGAAAACUCUUUUCCUCUUCCUACCUGAUGGAUUUGGGAGCCUGUAUUAAAACUCUACGCUACUGUGCAGGCUGGGCUGAUAAAAUUCAAGGUCGUACCAUCCCAAUGGAUGGAAAUUUUUUCACAUUUACAAGACAUGAACCAAUUGGUGUAUGUGGCCAAAUUAUUCCUUGGAACUUCCCGUUGGUUAUGUUCACUUGGAAGAUUGCCCCAGCCCUUUGCUGUGGAAACACAGUGGUUGUCAAACCAGCAGAACAAACUCCACUGACUGCUAUUUACAUGGGCUCUUUAAUUAAAGAGGCAGGAUUUCCACCUGGGGUAGUAAAUAUUGUGCCAGGUUAUGGACCUACUGCGGGAUCAGCAAUUUCUCACCACAUGGACAUAGAUAAAGUGUCUUUCACAGGCUCCACAGAGGUUGGCAAACUGAUCAAAGCAGCUGCUGGGAGGAGUAAUCUAAAGAGAGUCACCUUGGAACUUGGCGGGAAAAGUCCUAAUAUUAUAUUUGCAGAUGCAGACUUGGACAGUGCUGUAGAGUUUGCGCAUAUUGGUCUGUUCUACCAUCAGGGUCAAUGUUGUAUAGCAGGAUCUAGGAUUUUUGUGGAAGAGCCUAUUUAUGAGGAGUUUGUUCGCAGAAGCAUUGAGCGAGCUAAGAAAAAUGUCCUUGGGAAUCCUCUGUUGCCUGGUAUACAUCAAGGUCCACAGGUUGAUAAGGAGCAGUUUCAUAAAAUCCUUGAACUAAUUGAGAGUGGGAAAAAAGAAGGCGCCAAACUGGAAUGUGGAGGAGGUCCAUGGGGCAACAAAGGUUACUUCAUCCAACCCACAGUUUUCUCUAAUGUUACAGAUGAUAUGCGCAUUGCCAAAGAAGAGGUAAAUAAAUUCAUGAUAGUCUGUACUUUCACUGGAGUAUUUCUGUUUAAACAUCUGUACAAAAUAUCCAUUAUCAUGAAGUUUAAAACUGUAGAUGAAGUUAUCAGGAGAGCAAACAAUACUUCAUAUGGUUUAGCAGCAGCAGUUUUUACCAAAGACAUUGAUAAAGCAUUGACCUUUGCAAGUGCUCUUCAAGCUGGAACUGUGUGGGUUAACUGUUAUAGUGCACUGUCUGCUCAAUGUCCUUUUGGAGGAUUUAAAAUGUCAGGAAAUGGACGAGAAAUGGGAGAAUAUGGCCUUCAUGAAUAUACAGAAGUUAAGACUGUCACGAUUAAAAUUCCAGAGAAGAAUUCAUAAUGAUGUUUCAGCUGCAGAAUUUAGUAGCUCCCAAUGCUAAGAAAAUCUACGAAGUCCAACUGUGUUGUGAAAAGUUUUAUAUCCCAAGUUAUUCUUUUUUCUUUCUGUUUGUAAAAGAUGCAUUUGCUUACAUUAACAUUAUAAAGAACAAUGUAGAAACCUUAAAUAUAAUUGACCAAGAAAGGAAAUUUUAAACAUCUAGUGUGUUGCUAACAAAUUUUGAAAUUCCCAUUGAGAAAGGACUAAUUUUUAUUCUAUAGUGCUAUGAAAAUCUACUUUUUCAUAAUGCAUACUACUUGUACAGUAAGGUUUAGCAUGUUCUUCUAAAUGGUAAACAGUAAGUUGCCUUUACAUUUUUUUCUCUUUGAAACCUUAAAAAAGCACUUAUAAGUACCUCUUGGUAGAUGCUCUUCUCUGUGUCUUUAGAAAAUUAUUAAUUUCUUCUACAUACUUUUCUGAUAAUGUUGAAUUUGUCCCUUAUGUUAAGUACUGCAUAAAAGUAAUUUGGAUGUAGACCUUAUUAAAAUCCAUCUUAAAACCUGA